AUGGGAAGAAGAGACACAUAUUCAGAGCCUCCCCGGAGCCAUCGACAAUCCCGUCGCCAGCCUCCACCCCGCCGCGGCCCUCCUGUCAAACAGAGCGAAUCCGGCUUCGACUGGACACCGGGCAUUGUCCUCGCCCUCCUUGGCGCCUUUACAUGGCUCAGCCACGAUUUUGAUAGCUACAAGAAGAAGCACGAGCACUGUGAUGAUCGAAGGGGAAGUCGAAGUCGCGAUAGUGAGAGGGGAAGGCGAAGGUACCGAUCGAGUAGUCGGUUUCCAGAUGACGACUAUGAUGAUUAUGACUAUCGGAAUGGUCGGGGCUAUAGUCGGUAA